AUGGCGUCCUCGAAUACCACCAUCGACAUGGGAGAAUGGCUCCCCCCACUUCCCUCCUAUACCUUGACGCCGAGACCAAGUCUCAUUCCGAACAUCCCAGAUGAGCUGCUGAAGACAUUCAUGGUUCCAACCCUGUAUUGGAUUUCAUCGGGGCUUUUCCAUCUCAUCGACACGCUGGACCUCUUCCCCCAAUAUCGGCUUCACGUACCAGAGGAGCUCGAGACGAGGAACCGCGUCACUAUAUGGCAAUGUAUCCGACAGCUUCUGAUCCAGCAAGCCAUGCAGAUAAGCCUAGGAUUGUGGGUUGCCCUCAAGCAGCCCACAAUGCCGGUAGAUUACAUCGGCAAGGAGGACUACGACAUUGCUGUUUGGGCCCAGAGACUGAGGCUGGCACAGAGAAUGAUCCCGUCACUUCUGGCUGUCCUUGGCGUGGAUUCUCUGAGUUUGGCAACGAAGCUACCGGCUAGCCACAGUCUCUCCGGCCUUCUUCAAGGUGGCAAAUAUCCCUGGCUCACGCAGACUAUCAUGCUGGAUGACAUGCUACAAAGCGUCCCGGCAUUUGCCCAGUGGGAGUUGUUCCUUGCCAAAUUGGUCUACUGGGUUAUAUCGCCCGCGAUCAGGAUGUUCAUUGCCAUUGCUGCCAUUGACUUUUGGCAAUAUGCCGUACACCGAAUCCUGCACACAAAUAAGUGGCUAUACUCGCGUGUCCAUGCUGUUCACCACCGGCUUUACGUUCCCUUCGCAUUUGGAGCUCUUUACAACCACCCAGUAGAAGGGUUCCUCCUCGACACUGUGGGGGCGGUCAUCGCCCAAGCUCUGGUGAAACAAUCCAUCCGCGAGCGUAUGUUCUUCUAUUCCUUGACCACGGUAAAGACUGUGGAUGACCACUCUGGCUAUGCGUUCCCCUUCGACCCCCUGCAGAAACUUACCUCCAACAAUACCAUAUUCCAUGACAUCCACCACCAGAGCUGGGGGAUCAAGCAUAAUUUCUCGCAGCCGUUUCUGAUUUUCUGGGACCGCUACCUGGGGACUGAGUGGAAGGGUGACACUACGAAGUUGUACGAGAAGAGUGUUGAGAGGGCCAAGGCGGAGGUUCGCGAAAGGCGGCAGCAAGAAAAGGAGCUAUAA